AUGGUUUUACAGAAACCCAUUUCUUUUAAAACAUUUUUGUCAUUAACCAGUACUAACUUUGAAUAUUUACUUAAUAUCGUUGGACACAGAAUAGCUAAACAGGACACAAAUUACAGAAAGGCCAUUCCACCAGUUGACAGAUUGUCAAUAACGUUAAAAUAUCUGAGCUCAGGAAAUUCAUUCAGUAGCAUUUGCGACGUCUUCAAAGUAUCUCCUCAACUUAUUUCAAGCAUAAUCACUGAAGUGUGUCACGCUUUGGUUGGAGAAUUAUCAGAUUAUGUGAAAAUACCAAGAACACCGGAAGAAUGGAGAAAAGUUGCAGAUUAUAAUGAAUACGAUUCUGAAAAUAAACAAGGAGAAGUCAUUCCCGGUGAAUGGCGAAGGCAUCCCCAUGAAAAUUGUUUAGUUAACAUGCCCAGAGAAGAUAAUGAUACCACCUCAGAUGCAAUAGUCACUGCAGAGGAAACAAGAAUGGAGUUGACUAGUUAUUUUCUUUCUGAUGUGUUAAGAUUAGAAUGGCAAUUUAACUAA